AUGGCUACCCAAUUUGAUGCCUUUCUAUCACCCGUGUCUCCAUACAUGUCCCCACCCACUUCAGCAUUCGACGCUCUCCAAGUCUUCACCGCCUGGUGUGCGCCAUAUACUCUCAGCCAAGCACAGGAUUACAUGUCGCAAGGCCCGCUUGGUCAGCGAAUCAACUGGAUCCAGGAUAACCCUAAUGGACUACCUCACUUCAUUGGUCGCCGGCACCAGGACCCUUAUGGCAACAGUCCUGGUAGUUUUCCUCACCCAUGCUCAUUCUGGACACGUUCCGCGUGCUCGAGCAUUCAAGCGAGGGUCCAAUCCUUGUUGAGUGGUCUUUGGCAGCGAGAGACCCCUCUGUACGACCCCACGUCCUAG